AUGACAACAAUAAGCGAGGCUAUAAGAAAUAACUGGAUGCAUAUUUCUUCCUUUGAUAGUGCAAUACCAAGGGAAAAUAAAAGAGAAACAAUUUCUGAAGUACUAAAAGAUAUGAAUCGCAUAAAAGAUGAAGUGCAUACACUUCAUUUACGAUUUUCAGAUAUGGAACAAGGAAAGUUAGAUAUUGUUUCAGCUCAAAAUUUGGAGACUCAGUUUGAAAAACUCAAGCAACAGUUACAGCUUCACACAUUAUUAAUUGCAGAACUAAGAAAAUAUCAUUCUGAAAUAGAUGAAUUAAAGAGUAAAGAUCAUCAACAUACACAAGAGGAACGUGAAUUAAGACUAGAGAUAAGGAAAUUAAAAAAUGACUUAUUAACAUUAACAGAAACAGUAAGUGGUCACGAUAUGACAUCGAGAAUUAUACCAGAUAUUACGACAAAAAUAGAAAGUCUACAAACAGAAUAUAUCAAGUUUAAAUCUCAAAUACAUACAAGUGAACGAAAUAAGGUAGAUAUUGAAGCUUUAAGGAGAGAAGUUGAAAAGUUAUCAUUGACUACUAAGAGAUAUGAUGAACAAACUUUUAGUCUACAUAAAUUAAGAGAAGAAGUUGGGAUGAUUCAGAAUGUUAUCCACCAGGAUAUUCCUCAGUUAAAGAGUGAAAUACAACGCAAGAUUAAUAAGACAAUUCAAGCAACAAAUGAAUUAAAGGAAUCUGUUGGUGAAUUGUCUGAUCAAGUUCGCAUCAUAAAUGAAGAGAAAAAACAAGAUCGCAAUCUAAUCUCACAAUUAGUUAAUCAAGCAGAACAGCUAAGACUUCAGAUUCAUAGUAUUCGUAUUGGUCAGAAAGAUUCUAAUAACAAAAUUCGACAAGAGGAGCUGGUGAACCAAUGUGUACACAACAUAGCUAAACUAGCUGAGAGUGUAAAUAGUUUACAAGAAAAAAUUUCAACUCAUCUUAUUGCACUAUCUUCUGCAAGGAGUACCAGUGGUUCUAUUCACAAUGAAUAUAAAAAAAGUGCUAUUCAAAGUAAAGUUAACAGCCUACCUAAUACACCAUAUGAUUCUAAAAUUUCUCAAAUUAAACUCAAAGAACAGUAUAAGCAAAAUGAAGCUGUCACUAGUUCCAAUUAUUUUAAUGAAAUAAAGGAGAAAAGAGAUCCAAAUAUUUCCUACUAUUUAUUGCCAGAGACUCCAUCUACUCAGGCUCCCGCAGCUUCACACUCAAGUCGCUUGGAUUCGUGUUUUUUUAAUGACUUGAACUUUAAUGAUUCGAAUAAUAGUCGACCAACAACUAAUAACACUAUUGAUACCGAUUAUAAUCAUAUAAGUUCAAGUAUAGUAACUUCAUCUUCUGUGGAAUUACCUAUUUGUGAUGGUAAGCAAUUUCUGCAAAUAGACAAUGAGAAAGAUGGCAAUACGGUAACAACUAACUAUACUACUUCCGAAGAUAAUAAUUGUAACUCUUUUGGAGAAAAUUCUAAUAAUGGAAAUGAAUGCACUUCUACAGUUUGCACUCCAAAAAAAUAUAAACUCAUGAAAAACAAUCUUCAAGACUUCUUCAAUUUCUAUUAA